CAGUUUUACUCCUUCUACCUGCCUACGAGAGAUUGUACGGCAAUUCUGGGACACCCUGUAUAUAUAUACGUGUUAUGUAAACUAUAGAUUUCCACUAUACUGACAGUGUAAAUAACAAAACACAUGCAGCGAGUGCAGAGUCUAGUAUAAAUCGCACGCACAGAGUUGAGGUUAUGAUUGUUUAUCGGGAAAUUUUAGUAAACGCAAAAUAGUAAAUGUUGCGAUGCAUUCUCUCGACGUAUCUCCGGACAUAAAUAAUUUAUAAUUGCUUGUCAGUCUGAAGUUUUUCGAAAUAUAAUUCCAAAAUAACAGUGAGACGAGUUAAAACACUAAAUAUGUCAUCGGCAAUUGAAGCUUUGGCGAAGCAGGCACUGAGAACGUUUGGUGACUGCAGGAACGUUCGACUUUGUCAGAAGAAUUUGGACAAACUAUGGAAUCUUAUGAACAAAAUAACCGCCGAGGACGUGAAACUCGAUAAAACUGUUCUCGAGUCUAUUAACAGACAGUCCGCUCCUAUGUACGUAAUGGACAUAUUCGAAAACAAGGAUAUAACAAUAGCAAUUUUUAUAUUGAAACACGGUGUCACUAUGCCUAUGCACGACCAUCCUGGAAUGUAUGGUUUAUUAAAGGUAAUCAGUGGAAUAGUGGAAUUAAAUAGCUAUAGCUUAAAAACAAAGAGGGAUCAUAUAACUAAAGGGAGUGAGAUUGCAGCAUUAAGACAUCGACCAAUUUCCCUUCACUGUGAUUCACCUGCCUGUAUUCUCACACCAGCGGAGAAAAAUCUCCAUGAGAUCUUGUGUGUCGAAGGUCCAGCAGCUUUUCUAGAUAUACUCAGUCCACCAUAUGAUGUGGAUGAUUUUGGUAGAGGACCAAGGCCAUGUACUUUCUUCAAGCCUGUUCAGUCCAAAGUGUGUACAGAUGAAUCUGAUGUGAUCGAAGAAGUUCAAUUAACUGUCACAGAAAGUCCAUCAGACUUCUAUUCGUUGAAUGUAGAAUAUAUAGGACCUUCAUUGAAAGAUUGCUACAACUGAAAGUUUUUUGUUACCUAAUUUGUAAAUUUUUGUAUUUGUUAAUAGUCAAUGGAAUCGUGUGAAGUAAAAAUAUAUAUGUAUAGGAUAUAUAUAUAUAAGUGCAUAAUAUCUUUGUUAGAUAUAAGACAUUUUACAGAUGCACAUAUCAUUAAAGUAAUUGUUUGUACAAAGGCUAAAAGAACUUGAAGCCAAGUAUAGGACAAUUAACAUACCUUUUAAUUUCGAAAAUUUAGUUUAUAAGAAAAUUUUACAUUUUUCUUCUCAGAAGUGUACAUAUAAA